AUGGACCAAAGUUUCAGAACAAUUUCUCGUACGGGAGAUGUCAGUGAAUUGUAUAAAUUGAUUCAAAGAGAUGGAAAUGUUUUGAGGUGCUUCGAUGAAGUGGAGUUUAUCGAGACUCCUUUACAUGUAGCUGCAGAUGAAGGGUGCAUCGGGUUCGCAAUGGAGAUGAUGAAGCUGAAGCCGUCAUUUGCUAGGAAGCUAAACCAACAAGGUUUGAGCCCCAUUCACCUUGCAUUGGAAAAGGGGCAUAAAGAGAUGGUGCUUCGUUUCCUACAAAUGGAUAAAGAUCUUGUUCGUGUCAGAGGGAAGAAUGGUGAGACUCCGUUGCACUACAUUAGUAAAGUUGGAAACCAUGAUAGUCUGUUGGACAGAUUUUUGAAGGCUUGUCCUGAUUGUAUCCGAGAUGUUACAACUGAGAAUCGCAGUGCUUUGCAUAUUGCAACGGAAAACAACAGAUUGGAUGUUGUUCAGAUGCUUAAACUACUAUUAAGUUGCAAGGCUGAUAAGCAUGCCACCAAUCAAUCCGGUUUAACCGCACUGGGUGUUGCAGAACAACAUAAUAACAGAGAAAGCAUCAGAAUUCUGCGUGGUUGCUUUAUUCCUGGAGUUUCAAACAUUAAAUAUGAGUGGGAGAAACAAGUCGUCAAGUAUGUCGCAAAAGCAUCAUCAAUAAUUUUUAACGAUUUGGAUAAUAUAUCAAGCGAUGACCGCAAUGCCUUACUUGUAGUUUUAGGGCUGCUUCUAACAGGAACCUACCAAGCCACUCUUAGCCCACCUGGUAGUGUUUCGCAGGGUGACGAUACCUCAUCACGAGGGAAAUCAGUACUUGCUCAAACUGAUUUUCUUCUUUUCUAUAUUCCAACCUAUGUUGUGUUCAUGGUAACCUUUUUCCUAAUACUAGCCCUGCUUAAACCUUUUCCCCAUGGUUUCAAGAAAACAAUUCAAGUACUACUUGCUUUCUUCGCAAUAUGCUUCGACCAAUCGAUAUCUUUCAUAGCCCCAACUGAUUUUGCACUUAAAGUUAUGGAAGUAUUUACGCUAUUGUUUUUUGUUUUAACAUUGGUCAUGUUUUUUACUGAUCGGGUGUCAAAACCCAGUGUUGCAAUUUUGGGAUGUUGGUUAACUCCUUCAGAAUUGUUUGACUUUGUUAAAGGAAUUCCUCCUGAUGUUGACACACUAUUUUUAAGAUUAGCAAUUGACGGAUGCUGGUUAUUUCUUUUCGUAAAGGAUGAUUUCUGGGAAGGAACCAUUAUAGUUAUAGGAUAUUGUUCAUACUGUAUUAUGUAUGACGUCAGUUGGGAAGCUCCUCAUUGUUGUCAACGUUGUUGCACUUAA